AUGUCACUCCUCCUAUUGCCAGUUGUGGUCACACCCCUACUAAAAGUGCCGCUGCUUCUCUCAACCGCGGCGUGCACUUACCAUGGGAUGAAGCCCCCCACGCCCAUCGCGCAGCCCCAGGAGCGAGCGAGAUUCUCCAAAGGCGAUGUUCUGGGCCAACUGUGGACGCCUAAUGUGAUGGUCAAACUCGCCGUCGUCCUCCGCGCAUCGCUGUGCGGCGUGGCUAUUGCAGAAGCGGCUGCCCUCUUGGCUGAGCACUUCCCUUCCGCCAUAUCAGACCGAUUGCUUGCGUUCCUCUUCCCCAGCUCUAACGCGCGCCCGGCCUCACUCUACGCCACGCCCCUCUUCAUUGUGGGCUCGACAUUGGCCACCACCGGCGGUCUCAUCCGGAUCGCCUGUCACCGCGCCCUCGGGCGCUUCUUUAGCUGGCAGAUGUCGGUACAGGACGGCCACAAGCUUAUCACGACGGGCCCGUACUCUGUCGUGCGCCACCCGAGCUACUCCGGGUGGCUGCUUCUGGUCACCGGGAACACUCUCGCGCUGCUGGGCCCCGGCUCGUACCUCGUCGCGAGCGGGCUGCUGGACUCGCGCGCGGGGAAAUUGGGCGCGGGGGCGGUGGUGGGAUACCUGGCGUUCGUCACCUACGUGCUGUGCAGCCGCAUCCCGAAGGAGGACGAGGUACUGAGCAAGGAGUUUGGGGAGGAGUGGCAGGCGUGGAGCAAGACGACGCCGUACAGGUUGAUCCCCUACGUGUACUGA